GCCCCUUUGACCCUUCCUCUCGCGAGACGUGACGCGGCUCUCUGCGAGAUCAUCGGCACCAACAUAUCGGCUCCAGAACCUGAAGACAAUCUGCACAUUUCUGCGUGGGUCAUGGAGGUGUCGUCUCACAGCCUCUUCCUGCUGCAGCAGCUCAACGUUCAGAGAGAGUUCGGCUUCCUGUGCGACUGCACCGUCGCCAUCGGCAACGUCUACUUCAAAGCUCACCGCGCCGUGCUGGCCGCCUUCUCCAACUACUUCAAGAUGAUCUUCAUCCACCAGACCAGUGAGUGUAUAAAGAUCCAGCCCACAGACAUCCAGCCAGACGUCUUCAGCUACCUGCUGCACAUCAUGUACACCGGCAUGUGUCCCAAACAACCGGUGGACCAGAGCCGACUCCAGGACGGCAUCAAGUUCCUUCACGCGUACCAGCUGUGCCGGAAACCCGGCGAGGGCGCAGCCGACGCCGCCGACGCCACCGACGCCGCCGCAGACCUGGUCCGCAUGUCCAAUCUGUACGGCAUCCAGAUCUCCUCCCAGCUGGCCAAAAAGGAGGCAGCCGGAGUCCCGAAGACCACCGCGGUAUCCUGCGGGGACCCCGAGGAUGGAUGUUCCUCUGGCCGAGGGGGGCGGUCCCACUCCCAGCUGGCCCUCGCGGUCGGACUGGAGGGGAUCCCGCCAGACCGCAAGGCCUCGGCUCUACUCAACAACUGCUCCGUGGCGUCCGGAGACGACUCAGACAUUUCCACUCGCAUCAAGCAGGAGCGGGUGGAGGAGGAGGACGGCGAGGGGGAGGAGGUGCCUGGGGGGGGGUCAUUGUGUCAGGGUAGCAGCCCCAGUCAGAGUCUCCUGUUCAAAGACCGGGCCCUGGUCCUGCUAUGUCCCCGCUGUGGCGAGCGCUGCUCGUCCCCCGAGGACCUAAGGGAGCACCUGGUCGGCCACACCCUCGACCCUGCCCGGCUGAUGGAGGGGCUGGACGCCGCCGGCAUGGAGGAGGGUCCGGCGACGGCCCAGGAGCCGCUGGAUGCGGGGUGUCUGGAGGAGGCGCUGAGACAGAGCCAGGCGCUCGCCAACCAGCUGGCCGCCGAGCUGAGGCGGAGCAGGGGGGGCGGCGACGGGGGAGGUGUCCUGCACUCCCGUAAACGUAAGAUCGCCUGCGCCGUCUGCAGCCUGCGCUUCUCCCACAAGAGCCAGCUGCAGGAGCACAUGUACACCCACACCGGCAAGCCGGCCCGCUACCACCGCUACAACCGCCUCUGCAGCCAGCUCUUCCAGGCCUCCGCCCACUUCUGCGAGGGCGCCGCCGAGCUGGGGGGCGGAGCCUCGUCCGGUGCCGCCCCCGCUGCGCUCUCUGAGGAGGUCAACGGGGACGUGCAGGACAACGGCAGCUCCUGCUACUCGCUGGACUCUGAGGUCUCCCAGGAGAGCGGGGACGGCGAGCCGGUGGAGUGAUGUCAUCGGUCCGCCGGGCCGCCGGGCUGGUACCUGCGCAGGUGUGUUUGUGGGAAUCGGUCACGUGAUCGUGGGCCGGAACAUUGGCGUGUUUGACCUUAUCGACUUCAGAAUCGAUCGGUCAAUCGACAGGAAAUCAAUCGGCAACUAUUUAUACAACCGUUUUUUAAAGAAAACAAGUCAUGUGAAUAUUUCUGUUUUUCUACGAAGACGAACUGAAGACAUUGUUAUUGAUCAGACGGAUCAAUAAGGAUUAAUCAUUCUCACCUCAUCGGUUUGUAGAAUCCUGAUCUUCCACACUCACCAGCGGACAGUGAACGCCUCUGAGAUGAAACGAUGUGUUCAAAUGCUCCUUUAUUGUGAAGAUAACUUCAGUGUGUCUUCAGACCCAGAAGGACUUUCAUUGUGAAAGGACGCAGCAGUGCCUUCCUAUGCUUUGAUGCUCGUUGAGUCGUUUCCAUCAAAUUAAGAUUCAUGACAAUCUGUAUGUAUAGAAAAUAAUGUAGUAAUAUAUAUAUAUCUAAAUAUAUAUAUAUAUAUCAUUCAUCGGUAUUUCAUUAUUAUUAUUAGUAAACCUCAGAGGUCACAUGACGAUGGAGAACUAUGGUUCUCUUAUUUCUCCAAAACAGAUGACUUUAUUUUUAAAGGGUUCCCAGUGGAACUGUGUUCUGGCCCUUUAACGUGGAAAUGGAGUCACAUGACCAGUGUUCAUUGAUCAGGAGUUGAGAUGUCAUUGAUUAUUGAUUGGUGAAUCUCUGUAAAAUACAUCAAGGAAGUUUUGUUUUGUACAUAAUCAAUAAAGUGUUUUUUCCACCAA